AUGCUAGCCAACGUAGGCAUAGGCAUCUUCAAGCGUCGCAACUCGUCGGCACAGGACAAUGCCCGCUCGCCUCCUCCACCACCGCCAUCGCCGCCUCGCCGCCGCCCCAUGCCCUACGAGACUCCAAUUCCCGGAGGCCGGUGCGCCUUUCUCGAGCUGCCAGAGGAGGUUCUGCAGCUCGUGUUCGAUGAGCUCGACUUGCCUAGUCUUACUCGCUGUUACAGGCUCUGCAAAGCCGUCAACGGCUACAUGACCGAAUCGGCAGCCACGAGCCUGCACCACACGCUCAUGGCCAACUCGUUCCGUCUCAACCCGCUGGCGACGUGGGCGCGGCCCGACAUGCCCAACCAAAUGCCCCAGACGUCGGCCAGCAUGCUGGCGACGUUGCGCGAGCGCCUGACACGCCUGCGGAACAUUGCGCCCGUGUCGACGUCGAGCACCACCCUGCGUGAGCCCGAGGGCAGUCUGUACGAGUACCUCGAAGGUGUCUUGCUCCGCAGUAGGCACUCGAAUCCCGCCGUUGCCCGGCCACGAUACACAAACGAGAUGGCCGUGUACGACAUGCGCAAAGGUGGAGACUGGGAGGACGUGGUUGACGAUGACGGCGGGAGUGACAGCGGAGGAGCCAAGGGCGGACCCUCCUCACCUGACGAGGAAGAGGAGAUCGUCGACGAGGACGUCGUCAACGACACGCGCCGCACCUUUGCGUCAAAGUUUACAAUCAUGGAAAUGGCUGUGGACCCUGGGCAGGACCUCCUCGUCCUUGUCGAGUUGCGCACGCGGGCCCGCCAGGGCCGCAGGGCAGUGCACACCAUGCACUUUCACCUGCUCUCUCUCGAGACCUUUGGGCCGCACCCGUUGGCGCGCGAGGAGGUUAUCGACUGGCCGUUUGAGAUGAGUUCGCGUGAAAUCAGCCUCGAUUUCCAGAUUUGCGACGACGCAUUCUUUGUGCUUAGCAAGAAAAGGGUCGGCGGCGAAGCUAUCCGUGACGCCCUCAUUGGUUGGCAGUGGACGACUGGUCGUCUUACAGCUGUGCUCCCCGCUCCCUCUGGUACGGUGACGUUCCAGUCGUUUGUGCUCUUGAGCCCGUCAUCGCUUGUUGUGCCGACUGUGAUUGCGCACCUCAACCCGGACCUCGAUGUGUUGGACGAGAUCCAGAACCCGACCGACCUGUCGUUUACGUACCACCUCCAUCUGUUUGCCUUCCCUCCCUUCAGCGGCGACGCGUACACUACCGACCCCCCACCGCCUGUCCCACUGACACACGUGGCGACAAUCGACUUGCCUCCCUUCUUCACCAACCUGCUGGACAACGAACCCCCGGCACAUGUCGGAGCGCGUACGGACCCUCCUCCGCGCGCCCACUUCCCAACCCACCCGGCCAUUGCGCCUCCUCCCUUCCAGCCCGACCCGGAGAGCGGCAUCGCCAUUUUUGAAUUCUACUUUCAGACAAUGCGCCAGGAGCCUGACCCGCACUAUGUGCUGUUCAUGCACAAGACGGCGCUCCUACGAUACAUGCCCGCCCCGACGUCACCGCUCCUCACCAAGGAAUUUUCGCGCCCGGCGCCAGUGAUUCCAUGGGACAAGAUUUCGCCGGACACUCGCCUCUUUGGCCCCGAGCUUGAUUCGCCAGACUGGGUCUGCUACGUGUACCAGAACCGCUACGUCACCACCGAGGACAUUGUCGACCUCGAGCGCAUGGACGAGGAAGGCAACGUGCCUAUCACAGGAACCAUGCUGCUCGUUUACGACUUUGACACCCUCCACGUACGACAGGAAAAGCUUGCGCGUCUUCACCGCCUCCAGGAUGCCAACCCGGGCAUGGAGAUUACCGACGAGAUGCUCGAGGGCGAGGUCGAUGGCAUCGAGCUCCACCUGGCCGAGGAGGUGCACGAAAAAGUGGCCCCGCUCACCAGGGAAAUUACCACGGGAGCCAACGUCCCAUACCUCCUCGCCAGACGGCCGAUGCCGCAUGGCUCGGUCCCGCUCAUUGACAGCGAGCGCAUCCUGACGGUCGAUGAGCGCAACAUCCGCGAGGACAGCAACGGAAACCGCACGUUUGGCGAGAUUCGUGUCAUGCAGUUUUAG